CGGACGUGCGUCGACAGGACAUGAACCUAUCUAGCUGUUGUAUUUGAACUGGUACCCGAUACUCGCUUCAAACUACUGUGCUCCCCCGCCACGUCAUGGCAGAAACAGUUGAGCCUCUAGACUACCUAGAACCCGCCCUGGCCGUUCCCUAUCCGGCUCAUGCCAGAACAGGGUCCCGCUCUACGGACAGGCGGCCUAGCUUCUCCGCGUUCUCUCAGACUGCUCGUGUAACGGCGCAUGAUUUGCCUGUGUUGGGAAAUGGGACUGACAUUGAGCUCACAAGUGUCAACUCCAAGGCACCAAUUGAGGAUGCUGUAUCUGAGACUCCGGCGGAAUCUAUCCAUGCACCUGAGCCAAUAUCUCCAAGUCAAAAACGACUUUUUCUCUAUGUACUGGCUUGUUGCUGGUCUGUAGUCGUUAUGGGCUGGAAUGAUGGUUCAACUGGUCCGCUCAUUCUUCGUAUGGAGGCAUUCUGGAACGUUGGCUUUGCUGUUGUGUCAUUGUUGUACGUGUGCAGUUUUGUGGGCUUUAUUGUUGCCGGUCUUCUCAACGUAUGGCUGUCAGAUAAGCUUGGAUUUGGUAAGAUUGUUGUGGUGGGUAGCUCUUGCCAGUUGAUCGCCGCUGUGUUGGAGUCCACCGGCCCUCCUUUCCCCGUCUUUGCACUUGCGUUUGCCUUCAACGGAUUCGGUGGUGCUCUUCUUAAUGCGCACCUCAACACUCUCAUUGCUUCUAUGCCAGAUCCCGCACCGAAGCUCGGAAUCCUACACAUGAGCUACGGUUUCGGAGCAUUUCUAAGCCCCUUUGCUGCCACUCAAUUCGCCCAGAUGCCGCGCUGGUCCAUUGGAUACAUUGUUCAGACCGGGUUCGCAUUAACAGGUGUGAUCAUCUAUGUCGUAACCUUCCGCUUUCGGACAGAAGCUCAGAUCCUGGGUGCCUGGUUAGACUCAGACGGACCCAUAGAGCCAGUUCGAGGCAACAAGAUGAAGCAGAUAUUCCAGCUUUCCACUGUCCAUGUUCUGGCUUUCUUUGUUCUGGUGUAUGUCGGCCUCGAAGUCACCCUCGGAGGAUGGAUCGUCACCUACCUCGUGCAAGUGCGUGGCGGUGGUCCUUCAUCAGGUUAUGCAUCUAGCGGUUUCUUCGGAGGCCUCGCAUUAGGCAGGGUGCUGCUCCUUUGGGUGAACAAGAAGCUCGGCACAAACCGUGUCAUUUAUCUCUACAGCUUUCUCGUCCUUGGACUUCUGAUGAUCGUCUGGUUCGUACCAUCCGUGAUCGGGGACGCGGUCGCAGCAGCGUUGAUCGGACUGCUUCUCGGCCCCUUUUAUCCUCUCAUGAUCGGCGUAAGCCGCCAGAUCCUCCCACGCGGCCUGCUAACGGGCGCGAUCGGCUGGAUCGGAUCAUUCGGACAAGCCGGUUCCGCCCUUUUCCCUUUCAUCACAGGCGCCCUGGCUCAGAAAUACGGUAUCAAGAUCCUUCAGCCCAUGCUGGUCGCUAUGAUGGCUGUCGAUAUCUGCCUUUGGGCCGCUCUGCCGUACACGACUCGGCUGAUGACUUGAGCUUUUCCGGUGGCGUACGUUACUCGUAAUACAUGCGGCUCGGUAUCCAGAUUCUCGCAACCUAAAAAACUAGUACUGUCUUUCCAUCCUUUCCAUCCAUUCCAUCCACUGGCGCACACUGUUGUAUUUCCCACAAUUCCAAGUUU